AUGGCUUCCUCCACAGACGUCACGGUGGUAGGAGAGCAUCUCGAGUCCAAGUCAUUCAAGUACAUGUGGUCUCGCUAUGUUCAAAAGCUCACACUGAACUAUGACUUGAAGGUUACCAAGGCUGCUGCCAUCGAUUCCAACCUCCCUAUCGAUAUCACCGGAAAUGAAUCUGUUGCUGAACUACAGAAGGCAACAGCGGAAGUGACAGGGGUCGGUUUCGUGCCCAAGGAGCGGGGCAAGCUCGACAUUGGCAUUGUUGGUGCUGGCGUCGCUGGACUUUUCUCUGCCAUGGUCUUUGACUGGUUGAACGAGCAUCCCGAGUUGAAAGGAAAGCUCACAAUCAACUACGACAUCCUGGAGGCUGCAGGGGAGGAAAGACUGGGUGGUCGUCUUUACACGCACAAGUUCUCCGAGGGAGACCCGGCGAAAACGCACGAUUAUUACGAUGUCGGUGCGAUGCGCUUCCCCAACAAUGACAUCAUGAAAAGAACGUUUCAGCUCUUCAACUUCAUUGGGCUGCAUCAGGGUAAGGGUGGUAUCAUCCCUUACUAUCUUGAUGAUGAAGAAGGUGUUUGCCCUUCCUACUUCAACGACGUGCGACACGUGGGCAAUGCCUGGAGCAAGGGUAUCGCAGAUCCCUUCCGGAUCAACAGCGGGCUCCCAGAAGGUGGAAAGAUCCCCCAGGAAUUCUUGGCACAGGACCCGUCAAAGCUCGUAUCCAAGGCCCUCGCCCCCUUCAUCGAAGAUAUCCAAAAGCAGUUCGAUGAGGCCUUGAAGGAGGUCAGAGGGGGGACUAUCGAGGGAGAGGCUUCCAAGGAGCUUUGGAAGCGGCUCAUGGCGGCAGACCACCUAAGCACUCGGCAGUAUCUGGCUUCCGAUCAAAACCCAGAGAACCAAGAGGGCAGAAAGUUCAACUACAACACGAUUGAAUGGCUAGAGACAGCAACUGGAACUGGGUGGUAUGAUCAAGCGCUAAGCGAAUGCGUCCUCGAAGAACUCGACUUCGGAACUCCUGCACAAGAGAAGGCCCCAGGAGUCCAGUGGUGGUGGUGCAUCGACGGAGGUGCCCAGAGAGUGGCCAAACUGAUGGCAGAGAAGAUCAAGCAACCAGUUCAAUUCAACAACCAGGUCGAGGCCAUCAAUGCCAAUGUCGAGAAGCGAGAAAACCCCAAGGACUACGUGCCGAUGACACUUGCCAUCAACAACAAGGGGAAGAAGACACAGAAGGACUACUUCGCCGUGUUCAACAGCACCACUCUUGGUGCCCUCCAGCGCAUGGACCUCAAGGAUGCCGGGCUUCUUUGGGGUACAAAGCAAGCCAUUCGAUCUCUUGGCUACGGCGCUUCCUGCAAGGUCGCCAUCAAGUUCAAGACUGCUUGGUGGCAGCAAGGCGAUCUCAAAAUCAAGAAGGGAGGCAUUGCUCGAACCGAUCUCCCCCUUCGAGUCUGCGUCUAUCCUUCCUACAACAUUGAAUUGCUGGAGGGCAAGGAUUGGGACCCCAACAAACCCGCCGUGCUGUUGUGUUCAUACACCUGGGGACAGGAUGCCCAACGCAUCGGCUCGCUGAUCUCCAACAACACCCCCGAAAAUGAGGAACAGCUCAUCAAAGUUCUGCUCCACGAUCUUGCCCUGAUGCACGUCCCAGAAAAGUCCAAAUAUGAGGGUCUUUUGCAGAAACUCAAGGAUCAGUACAUGGAUCACCACGCAUACGACUGGUACAGAGACCAGAAUAUGUCAGGAGCCUUUGCCUACUUUGGGCCUGGACAGUUUUCCAACAUGUGGCAGGAAAUUAUCAAGCCAAACGCGUUUGGUCAACUCUACAUGGUUGGCGAAGCAGCGUCAUCUCACCACGCCUGGAUUGUCGGAGCCCUGGAGAGUGUCAUUCGCGCCGUUUACGUCAUGUUUGAAGGACUCAGCAAGAACGACCCCGAAUGCCAGGCCUACAAAGACGCCAUGUAUUGGCUGAGCCAUGUGCCCAAGGAAGGGGACUCAACCUAUGACCCCAAUGACCACCCGCACAAGCCAAAGCCGGGCGACAUGCCCAAGGGCAAGCCUUUCUACCCCCUGCCUGAAGAGAUGCCUGAUCGCCAGAUUGGUGUGGACCUCGACAAGGAACUGACCCAAGACCCGAAGGAGAGUCUCAAGACGGACAAGGAGUUGACCCAUUCUGCCGCUCUUGUCGCACUUUGCGUUAUUGAAAGUUACGUUGAAUUGUUUUAUGGACCUUCAAAGUCAGACUGA